CAAGACAUCCAUUCGUCAGUUUUCAGGCGGACAGGACAGCGCAGUUUAGUGUUUUAUUGAGCUGGUUGCCUGUGUACUCAAAAUGAAUAAGGCUCAGGCGACUAAGGAGCAUGUUUUGGCAGUGUCCAGGGACUUCAUAUCCCAACCCCGUCUGACUUACAAGACGGUGUCGGGUGUCAAUGGUCCCCUGGUCAUCCUCGACGAGGUGAAGUUCCCCAAGUUCUCAGAGAUUGUGCAGUUGAGACUUGCCGAUGGAACCCUCCGAUCUGGUCAGGUGCUGGAGGUCAGCGGCUCCAAGGCCGUCGUCCAGGUGUUCGAGGGCACCUCGGGCAUCGACGCCAAGAACACUCUCUGCGAGUUCACCGGCGACAUUCUGCGCACACCUGUCUCCGAGGAUAUGUUGGGUCGCGUGUUCAACGGCUCUGGAAAGCCUAUCGACAAGGGCCCCCCGAUCCUGGCCGAGGACUUCUUGGACAUCCAGGGCCAGCCCAUCAACCCCUGGUCCCGUAUCUACCCUGAGGAGAUGAUCCAGACUGGUAUCUCCGCCAUUGACGUGAUGAACUCCAUCGCCCGUGGACAGAAGAUCCCCAUCUUCUCUGCCGCCGGUCUGCCCCACAACGAAAUCGCCGCCCAGAUCUGUAGACAGGCCGGUCUGGUCAAGCAAACCGGCAAAUCCGUGAUCGAUGAGCACGAAGACAACUUCGCCAUCGUGUUCGCCGCCAUGGGUGUGAACAUGGAGACCGCCCGUUUCUUCAAGCAGGACUUCGAGGAGAACGGCUCCAUGGAGAACGUGUGCCUGUUCUUGAACUUGGCCAACGAUCCCACCAUCGAGAGAAUUAUUACUCCGCGUCUGGCGCUGACUGCUGCUGAGUUCUUGGCCUACCAGUGUGAGAAACACGUGCUGGUCAUCUUGACCGACAUGUCCUCGUACGCCGAGGCGCUGCGUGAGGUGUCGGCGGCCCGAGAGGAGGUGCCCGGCCGACGUGGUUUCCCAGGGUACAUGUACACCGACUUGGCCACGAUCUACGAGCGCGCCGGGCGCGUGGAGGGCCGCAACGGCUCCAUCACGCAGAUCCCCAUCCUCACCAUGCCCAACGACGACAUCACGCAUCCCAUCCCCGACUUGACCGGGUACAUUACCGAGGGACAGAUCUACGUCGACCGCCAGCUCCACAACAGGCAGAUCUACCCGCCAGUGAACGUGCUGCCGUCCCUCUCCCGUCUGAUGAAGUCCGCCAUCGGCGAGGGCAUGACCCGCCGCGACCACUCCGACGUGUCCAACCAGCUGUACGCGUGCUACGCCAUCGGCAAGGACGUGCAGGCCAUGAAGGCCGUGGUGGGCGAGGAGGCGCUGACGCCCGACGACCUGCUCUACCUGGAGUUCCUCACCAAGUUCGAGAAGAACUUCAUCACCCAGGGUAACUACGAGAACCGCACAGUAUUCGAGUCGCUCGACAUCGGCUGGCAGCUGCUCCGCAUCUUCCCCAAGGAGAUGCUGAAGCGCAUCCCCGCCUCCACCCUCGCCGAGUUCUACCCGCGUGACUCGCGCCACUAGGCACGCCGCCCAAGUGACCCGCCAUUUUGAACUUGUCAACUUGUCCAUGGUCAUUAUAAGCGUGGGAGCGCUAAACGUCACUUUGACAGCUAUGAGGCGUUUUUUCGGACGGUUGACCUUUUUACUGUCGUAAAAUGAGGUGAUUUUGAAAAUUCUAAAUUUUUCGGCCUAUAAAGGUGUAUUUACUACCAGAGGUGCUGCAAAUUUGAAGAUUUGAAUUUUCAAAGUUAUCCCAUUUUACGGUAUGUUUAGAAAUGCAUACAAUAAUUACUAUAAAUUAUUUUAACUGAGAUAACGCUAGAUGUCCGUUUUGUUAAGAACAAGUUGAAAUGACGCGUCACGUUAUCUUGUAAGAUAUAUUGUUUACUAGUAAGUUGUUAAUAGUUUAUGUAAUGUGUAUUACUUACGAUCGAAAAACUAUAUCGUGUUGCUGUUCAAAGUUGUCUGUGGUAAGAUAGCUAUAAUGCUAUAUAUGCCGUCUUGUACAUAUUCCGAAGUAGACAUGAUAGUACUUGCAAUAUACUAAAUAUAUUUUGAAUAGACUUCUUUAUUUAUCCUUCGUUGGAGUUUUAACGACAAAUAAUUAAAUAUAAAUUAUGUGCACAAAUAGUGGAAAAAAAAUAUUUAAUGAAAUAUAUUUAAUCGAAAUCAAAUGUUACAAUGCACUUUUGUGAUAUAUUUCUGGCUUCAAAUCUUAUAGCAUUUUGUGAAUGUUUGUAUGUAAAUAUACAACGAUAUCGAGCCUGGGCUAUCACCGCGAACUUUGAAAAGUCGAAGUCUUAUCUAUCACCGUCUCUAUCGCUCUUUAUUGGGGGGACAGAGCUGGAGAUAGGUUUGGAAAGUCGAGAGUUCUCGGUAGACCCCUGUACGUAACCGUGGUUACAUUCCAUUCGCUUGUUGCCAUCGCCGAUGCAAAUUUGGAGUUCAAAUACUGCAAGUGAAUUAGGAUACUGUUGUUUUUUGAAUGGAAAUAAAAGAGUAUAGAAGUUCA